UCCGGCCCCGGGCUGACCGCGGCCCCCGGUUUUGUGUUGCAGCUUCCCUCCUUCGCCCGUCGCUCGAAUAUCCUCACGGGGCUGCAGGACCCUGCCGUGGACAACAGGCCGAAGCUGGAUCUCGGCUCCUCCGGCAAGAGCCAGCAGCACCAGUAUGAACUCAACAGCAAGAAGCACCACCAGUACCAGCCCAACGGCAAGGAGAGCGGCAUGAAGCACCAGUCCCACAGCAAAGGGAAGUAUUACUACCAGUUGAACAGCAAGAAACACCACCACUACCAGCCGGACCCCAAAAUGUACGAGUCCCAUUACCAGCCCAGCAGCAAGGAGCCACAGAGCCAGGCCUGCUUGGACAGUAACAAGACCCCCCUGGUCACCCACCCGGACAAGUGGGCUCACGGCCCGGCCAAAAACCUGGUGACCAGCAAUGGCCUGGGGGGCAAGAUGAAAAUCGUCAAGAACAAAAACAAGAACGGGCGCAUUGUCAUCGUCAUGAGCAAGUACAUGGAGAACGGGAUGCAGGCGGUGAAGAUCAAGUCCGGGGAGCCGCCCCGGAAGCGGGCUGCGGAGGAGAGGACUCCUAAGAAGGGUGGGGAGGAGAAGCUGGAGGCUUGGAGGAAGCCAGGGGAGGAGAGGGUGGUGGGCAGCAACGCCCUGAGCAAAGCAGAGGGCGAGGGCCAGCAG